UCCUCUCGCUCAUGCGUCUCAACUCAAGUCCUAGCCUCUCUCUCCUUCCUUUUCCCCAAUUUAGAAGGAAAAAAACCUUUCUUUCUUCUUCUCUAUCCAGCCCAAAAAAUCAUCACGAUCAAUGCUUAAAUAACUUUACCAAAUUGACAUCAACGCUUCUGAUAAAUCAUUAAGUUUUUAUAGGGGCUGAAACGAAUUUGAGAGUGCUAAAAAUGGGAUUUGGGCUACAAGUGGUUAGGGUUGAGGGGUUCGGUAGCUGUGGAGUAAUUGGGCAGGUUUGGUCUAGGUAGUGUGGAUUAUUAAUUUAUUAUAGGCAGGUUUGGAUGGUCGAUAAUUACCGGUCUUAUUUGAGAUGCAGAAGAUAUAAUUUUUCUGGUAAAGGAUUUGGGUGGAUUAUUGAUAAUGUAGUUGUUCAUGUUCCUUUUUGUUUACUAUCAUUGUUAUAUUAAGAAAUGCAUGACUCGCAGUCGUAAAGAUCAGACCUAAAGGUCUCUACGUAUGUCUAAAUUGCUUGAAAGCUUACUUGUCAGACAGUAACUUCCUGUAAACAACCUGAGGAUAUUUGGCUCUUUAGCAAAUGGACAAAGGAGCACCAUCUAGUCUGUUUGUUAAUGAUGGUUCAUUUAUGGAGAAGUUUAAACAACUUCAGCAAGGGAAUGGGAAGGAACAGGAAAAGGAUAAGGGUGCUGCAGAAAAGGAUUCUAAACCCAAAACAAUUGUUUCAGGGACUGUGACGCCUAAACCUUCUUUUGGUAAAGUAACUAUGCAGUUUAAGACUAAUGAUGCAUCGAAGACAUCCCAGACUGCUUCCAGUGGCAAACUUGCUUUCAGCUUGAAACAGAAGUCAAAGCUUGUGGCACCUGCAGUUAAGUUGGGUGAAGAUGACGAGGAUGAAGAUGAAGCAGAUGCUGUAAAUACUUCAGGUGGUGUGUCUGCAAAGAGGCAGAAGUUGGGUCAACUGGAUGCAUCUGAACAAUCAUUGAAACGAUUGGAUGUUGCACCACCUCCCCCAAGUGAUCCCACAGUGAAGAAUGUUGCAGACAAACUAGCAAGUUUCGUUGCUAAACAUGGAAGGCAAUUUGAGAAUGUUACACGCCAAAAGAAUCCUGGAGAUACACCUUUCAAAUUUUUAUUUGAUGAGAAUUGCGCAGACUUCAAGUAUUAUCAGUAUAGGCUUGCCGAAGAAGAAAAGGCUCUUUCACAGAACAGGGAUUCUCAUAUCUCUUCUAGUGGUGGUACAAGUACUUCGGCAUCUAAAUCCACGGGUAGCUCUCGAAGGUCACAGCAGCAGCAAUCAAAUUACCAAAUUCCCGCUUCAGCUUUAUACGAAGCUGCUGAAGAGCCCAAGGGUUCAUUGUCAACAUCUUCAGGAAGAGCUGGUGAAUCUAGUGCACCAGCAGGUACAGAUCCUAUAGAAAUGAUGGAGUUCUACAUGAAGAAAGCUGCUCAGGAAGAGAGGAGGAGACAGCCUAAACUGUCUAAGGAUGAGAUGCCCCCUCCUGCUUCUCUUCAAGCUUCUUCCUUAAAAGGUCAUCACAUGGGUGAUUACAUCCCACCAGAAGAGCUUGAGAAAUUCUUGGCUACUUGUAAUGAUGUAGCUGCAACAAAAGCUGCUAAAGAGGCUGCAGAAAGGGCUAGAAUCCAGGCGGAUAAUGUUGGCCAUAAACUCUUGUCCAAAAUGGGUUGGAAAGAAGGUGAGGGUCUGGGGAGCUCCAGAAGUGGUAUUUCAAAUCCGAUCAUGGCUGGCAAUGUAAAGAAGGAUCACUUGGGUGUUGGUGCUCACAACCCUGGGGAGGUGUCUCCUGAUGAUGAUAUAUACGAGCAGUAUAAGAAGCGAAUGAUGCUUGGUUACCGUCACAGGCCAAACCCUCUGAACAACCCUCGAAAAGCGUACUACUGAUCAAUAUUUCAUGCGAGCUGUUUGUUUGUAGACUUUGUCUUCAAGAAAUAAACAGAGGUCGUCGAAACUGCUUAUUAUGCUGAAGAAGAGUAUUGGAUUGUCCCCAGACAGAAUGGAAGUUGUCUAGAGUUUGCUAUUUGUGAAAUCAGUGUUCAAUGAUAAAUUACUUUUUUUUUUUUUCUUUUUUCUGCUUUCAUAGUAGGGGUGCAGUAUUGGGAAAUGGGAAGGAAACGAUCUAAAUUCAUUCAUUUUAGUUUGCGUGCAGUAUUGGGAAGGAAACGAUCUGCAUUCAUUUUAGUUUGCUA